AUGGAGAUUGUUGCCACCCACGACCCCUUCAUUGACCUCAACUAUAUGGUCUACAUGGUCCAGUAUGACUCCACCCAUGGCAAAUUCAACGGCACAGUCAAGGUUGAGAAUGGGAAGCUUGCCAUCAACAGGCAGCCCAUCACCAUCUUCCAGGAGCAAGACCCCACUAACAUCAAAUGGGGUGAUGCUGAUGCUGAGUAUAUUGUGGAGUCUAGUGGCAUCUUCACCACCAUGGAGAAGGCCGGGGCCAACUUGAAGGGUGGGACCAAAAGGGUCAUCAUCUCCAUCCUUUCUGCCAAUGCCCUCAUGUUUGUGAUGGGUGUGAACCACGAGAAAUAUGACAACUCAGUCAAGAUUGUCAGCAAUGCAUCCUGCACCACGAACUGCUUAGCUGCCCCCUCCCCCCCAGUCAAGGUCAUCCAGGACAACUUUGGCAUCAUGGAAGGGCUCAUGACCAUGGUUCAUGUCAUCACUGCCACUCAGAAGACUGUGGACGGCCCCUCUAGAAAGCGUGGUGGCCAUGGGGCUGCCCAGAAUAUCAUCCCUGCAUCCACUGGUGCUGCCAAGGCUGUGGGCAAGGUAAUCCCAGAGCUGAACAUGAAGGUCACUGGCAUGGCCUUCCAUGUUCCUACCCCCAAUGUAUCCACUGUGGAUCUGACCUGCCGCCUGGAGAAACCUGCCAAGUAUGAUGACAUCAAGAAGGUGGUGAAGCAGGCAUCNGAGGGCCCACUGAAGGGCAUCCUGGGCUACACUGAGGACCAGGUUGUCUCCUGUGACUUCAACAGCAUCUCUCACUCCUCCACCUUUGAUGCUGGGGCUGGCAUUGCUCUCAAUGACAAAUAA